AUGGUCAGACAAUUGAAAUAUCAUGAGAAGAAGCUUUUGAAGAAGGUUGAUUUAUUUGACUGGAAACAGGAUGAUAGUCAUAGGGACACCCAGGUUAUGAGAACUUACCAUAUCCAGAACCGUGAAGACUACCAUAGAUAUAACAGACUUUGUGGUGAUGUUCGUCGUCUGGCGAAUAAGUUAUCAUUAUUACCACCUACCGAUCCAUUUAGAAGAAAACAAGAACAACUUCUGCUAGAAAAACUAUAUGCUAUGGGUAUUUUGGCAACGAAAUCAAAGAUAUCAGAUUUGGAAAAUAAAGUCACUGUUAGUGCUUUUUGUAGAAGAAGAUUACCUGUGUUGAUGCAAAGGAUGAAAAUGGCUGAGACCAUUCAAGACGCAGUUAAAUACAUCGAACAAGGUCAUGUCCGUGUUGGUCCAAACUUAAUCACAGACCCUGCAUACCUUGUGACAAGAAACAUGGAAGACUAUGUCACUUGGGUCGAUAGUUCCAAGAUUAAACAAACUGUAUUGAAAUACAGAAACGAAAUCGACGAUUUCGAUCUAGCAUAA